ACUUAUUCCCCAGUCCCCAGAAUUGAAUGAAGCAUGGAGGCCAUUGAUAAAUACUACCUUUUAGCCCAGUUGCACACCUAGGGAUUAUCUGUCACCUGGAAUACCGCCCAUCCAUUGGCGUUCUCCUCUGUUCCAUACCUAACCUGACGGCUCUUUUCGUCUCACAUGACCGAGACCACCUCAAAGUUAAACGCAUCUCCCAAGACUACUGGCUCAUCCCAUCCAUCACCAUGGGCAUCCUCACCCUCAAAGAAGACCGCCCCACGCCGCGCGCCGUGUACAACUGUCGCGUGUACACCUGCGCCUCCAUCGCCUCCUUCGCCUCCUGCAUGAUCGGCUACGACUCCGCCUUCGUCGGCACCACCCUCGCCCUGCCCUCCUUCAUCGCCGAGUUCGGCUUCGACGCCUUGCCCCAGCACCAGAAGGCCCUCAUCUCCGCCAACAUCGUCUCGCUCUACCAGGCCGGCGCCUUCUUCGGCAGCUUCCUCGCCUACCUCUCCACGCACUACCUCGGCCGCCGCAGGUCCCUCUUCGUCUUCGUCGCCGUCUUCGUCCUCGGCGCCGGCCUGAUGCUCGGCGCGAGCCGCGAGCGCGGGCUCCCCCUCAUCUACGGCGGGCGCGUGCUGGCCGGCGUCGGCGUCGGCGCCUCCUCCAUGAUCGUCCCCAUCUACAUCUCGGAGCUGUCGCCGCCCGCGAUCCGGGGCCGGCUCGUCGGCAUCUACGAGCUGGGCUGGCAGGUCGGCGGGCUCGUUGGCUUCUGGAUCAACUACGGCGUCAACACCACCCUGCCGCCCACGCGCCGCCAAUGGCUGAUCCCCUUCGCCGUGCAGCUGAUCCCCGCGGGCAUGCUGGCGGCCGGGGCGUGCUGGAUCAGGGAGUCGCCGCGGUGGCUGUUCGCGGCGGGCCGGCGCGAGCAGGCGAUGGCGAACCUGUGCUGGAUCCGCAAGCUGGACGCCGACGACAUCUACAUCGUCGAGGAGGUGAGCUACAUCGACGAGGAGAUCGCGCGGUACCGGCGGGAGAUCGGGACGGGGUUCUGGAAGCCGUUCGCGUCGCUGAAGAAGCCGGGCGUGCGCUGGCGGUUUUUCCUCGGCAGCAUGCUGUUUCUGUGGCAGAACGGCUCCGGCAUCAACGCGAUCAACUACUACAGCCCGAUCAUCUUCACGAGCUUGGGCAUCGUGGGGACGAACGCGGGGUUUCUGACGACGGGCAUCUACGGCGUGGUCAAGACCGCUGUCACGAUUGUCUGGCUGCUGUUUCUGAUCGACAACAUGGGCCGCCGGAAUCUGCUCAUGUACGGUGGGUUCGGCGGCUCGAUCUGCAUGUGGAUCAUUGGCGCGUAUAUCAAGAUUGCGGAUCCCGAGAACCAUCCCAGUACGGAUGGCCCGCCACCCGGGGGUAUCGCUGCCAUCUUCUUCUUUUACAUGUGGACGGUGUGCUACACGCCGAGUUGGAAUGGGACGCCGUGGGUGCUGAACUCGGAAAUGUUUGACCAGAACACAAGAUCCCUAGGCCAAGCCUCCGCAGCAGCAAGCAACUGGCUGUACAACUUCCUCAUCUCGCGCUUCACACCACAAAUGUUCCUCGCCUGGGGCUUCGGCGUGUACUUCUUCUUCGCCUCCCUCAUGCUCCUCUCCAUCGUCUUCGUCUUCCUUUUCGUGCCCGAGACCAAGGGUAUCCCACUCGAAGCCAUGGACCAGCUGUUCGCGUCGAAGCCGAUAUGGAAGGCCCACGACCAUAUCAUGGCAGAGCUCCAUGAUCGGGAUGAUGAGUUUAGGAGGAAUGUCGAGGGUGGUGAUAGUCUCGAGGAAGAGAAAACGGUGGAUAGGGGGGGGAAGUCGUGAUUUUGUAUAGGUAGGUAUUAUGUGAGAUGUGUAGGUACAAACACAGGAUCCGAACAACCUUCAUAUUUCACAACGCUGGAAUUGACGCUUGAAUUGCGCC